AUGCAGGACGCCUGGACUGCUCGCAAAGCUGAGGAGAUCCAAGGCUACGCGGACCGCAACGAAUGGAAGAACUUCUUCUCCGCGAUCAAAGCUGUCUACGGUCCGCCGACGAAGGGCACUGCUCCUCUCCUCAGCGCCGACGGCAGCACUCUCCUGACUGAGAAGACGCAAAUCCUACAGCGAUGGGCCGAGCACUUUUGA